AUCUUCUUUGCCACCACACACCCCUGAGAAGCUUUUCUGCUCAGGCAAAUUUUGGAUUUAUUACACUCUUCUCUGAGGCGAAUUCUUAACCUCUAUGACUGCAUCUACUUCGACUACCGGCGUAGAUUCCGCCUCACAGAAAUCUACCCCUGCCUCUUCCCCUCCUCCGACCGACAUGGAUGUUGACGAUGGUGUUUCCAAAGAACUGCAGGCGGAGGAGGACAGAAUGCGGGCGUUGCGCGAGAAAGAAGAUGCAAAACGCGAUGCAAAGCUAGAAAAAGAGCGACAGGAGGAUUUGGAGAGUGGCAAACAGCUGCUGGACAAGAAGUUCCAGCAAUUGGAGUUUCUAAUGAACAAGAGCAAGCUCUACGCCAAUGUCAUGCUUGCGCAAAUGCAGCAACAAGAGGACGAGGACAAAGCACGCGACGAAAAGACACACGGCCAAUCAUCAAAACGCGAAAAGGAUGCAGAGCAGGCUGCUUCUGAAUCGCAACGACGUGCUACGCGCAAUUCGGCAGCGGCCCGCGGACAAACAGAUAAAGAGAAUGUAGUGCCACAAAAGAAAGGCCGCGGCAGGCCGAAGAAGACAGAAACCAAAGGAGGAAAAAUAUCAGACUUUUUCAAAAAGGAGGAACUUCAGCAAAAGGUGGAGGAGUCCGAUAAGAAAGAAGAGGACACUGUUAAGACGGGCGACAUUGGUAUACAAGAUCUGAAAUCUGCACGGCAACCGAGGCUUGUAACCGGUGGAACGAUGCGGUCCUACCAGCUCGAAGGUCUUGAGUGGAUGCUUUCUCUCUACAACAACGGCAUCAAUGGCAUACUCGCAGAUGAGAUGGGACUCGGCAAAACUAUUCAGACCAUUUCGCUCCUGGCCCAUCUUUGGGAGAAACAGUCAUAUGGGCCUUUCCUCAUCGCCGCACCACUGAGUACCACCAGCAAUUGGGUGGCAGAGUUCAAAAAGUGGACACCCAGUCUUCCCGUGGUGCUCUAUCACGGCGAUAAGAAAGAGCGGGAGAAGAUCCGACGAACAAAAUUCAAAAACCCCGGGACCGAGCAAUUCCCCAUCGUGGUGACGAGCUACGAAAUCUGCAUGAACGACAGGAAGUUCUUGACGGGUUUUGGCUGGCAAUUCAUCAUCAUUGACGAAGGUCAUCGCAUAAAGAAUCUCGACUGCCGUCUAAUUCGCGAAUUGCAACAGUACAGAUCCGCUAAUCGUUUGCUCAUUACGGGCACGCCACUUCAGAACAAUCUGAUAGAACUCUGGUCACUUCUGCACUUCCUCUUACCAACAGUCUUCGAUAAGCUGUCCACUUUUGAGAGCUGGUUUGACUUUUCUGGUCUCAAAGACAAGGCCAGCUACGAGCAGCUGCUCUCGGAGGAGAGGCAGCAAUAUCUUGUCAAAUCUCUUCACGCUGUUCUCAAACCUUUCCUCUUACGUCGGGUCAAGACUGAUGUUGAGAGUUUGAUGCCAAAAAAGCGAGAGUAUGUCCUCUAUGCGCCACUCACACCAAUGCAACGCGAGCUUUAUCAAGCUAUUCUGGACGGCACCAGUCGUUCAUAUCUGGAGGAAAAGGCAAUCGAGAGGCUCAGCGUCGGCCUCGCCAGUGGGGCUGCUACUCCUCUAAGCAUCCGGAGCAACAAUGGGAGCCGUAAGCGGAAGCCAUUGGCAAGCGGCACUAGCACACCAAACAAAAGUGCAAAGACGUCAAGGGAAGGCACACCCGCAUCUAUCGCGUCUCGUCGUAGCCGCACACGGAAGAACUACGAGGAAGUCAGUGACAGACAAUAUUUUGCGGAGCUGGAGCAAGAGAGUGAACUCGAAGCCGAAGAGGAGCUUGAUUCUGAAGCAGAGGAGGAAAAGGUCAGAGCCGCCACCUUUGAGAUCGCAAAACGGCAACUCCUACAAAAGAAGCUGGGCAAUCCGAUAAUGCAGCUCCGGCUCUGUUGUAACUCGCCUUACAACUUCUUCAACCCUUUCAUUACAGCCGAAACUUCAGGCACAGAGACCUUUGCAUCCGAGACUGAACCUGAUGAAACUCUCGUCAGUACCUCCGGCAAGAUGCUACUCCUCGAUUCACUACUCCCAGAACUUCUCUCCCGUGGUCACAAAGUCCUCAUAUUCUCUCAGUUCACCACCACCCUCGAUCUGAUCGGACAAUACCUCGCUCUCCGCUCCCAUCCCUAUGCCCGCAUCGACGGCUCUGUUGCUCAAUCAGACCGUCAAGAGCAAAUCCUAUCCUUCAACAAGUCCUCGACCUCCAAGUCCGCGAAAAACGUCUUCAUCCUGUCCACCCGCGCCGGCGGCCAAGGCAUCAACCUCGCCUCCGCGGACACCGUCAUUCUCUUCGACUCCGACUGGAACCCGCAGCAAGACCUCCAAGCCAUGGACCGCGCCCACCGCAUCGGCCAGACCCGAAACGUCAUCGUAUACCGCUUCGCCACGCGCAACACCGUCGAACAAAAACUCCUCGAAUCCGCCGAAGCAAAACGCCGCCUCGAAAAACUCGUGAUCCGCAAAGGCGGCGUACGCAACGACCGAGGCGGCCGCGGCAAGCAGCUCGACAAAGAGCACGAAGUCGACGAGCUCCAGAAACUGCUCCGAAAGAGCGACGGCGAAGCUUUCGACGUCAAGGAUUCGGACGGAGGGAAGAGCGUGCUGGGUAAGAAGGAGAUCGAGAUCUUAUUGGACAGGACGGACGAGGCGUACGAGAGGGCGGAGAAGGGCCUCGAUGUCGGCGGCGAGGACCAGGUUUUCCAGGCCGUGGGGAAGAGGGACGAGGGUGCACUCAUGGAAGGUCUACGUGCUUGACUCACAACACAGAGGCGUCUUAUAUCCCAUGUUUAUCUGUUUAUUUUUCUGAUGUGCGUU